AUGAAAGGGCGAAGUAAUGGAGGAGGGGGACGCAGUGGUGGUGGUUGCCGAAUCAAAAAGGUGACCUUCCGAGAGCCCCCAGUAGUCUGUGAAUUUAGCGAAAACGAAAAGCAUGAGUUUGAUGAACCAUCUUGUGGAGAAGAUGAAGUUAAUGAAUUCUUUUUGGACGACAACGACUUGUCAUCGCUGAUGGAAAAUUUCGACCCGACAGAUUUUGGCAUUAAAGAAAAGCUAACUGAAAGUGAAAAGAAAAUACUCAUCAGGGAAAUUUACGGAAGACGAGGUACUAACGGUGAGUCCUCUACGUCUGUAUCAAGCAAGAAGAAGAACAAGAAGAGUAUUACCCUUAGGGAGGAUGAUCCAUUGGAGGAACACUCAGGGAGGACAGCAGAAGUAACAAUGAACUCUGCUAAUAAGCAGAAUGGAGGAUGUCAACGGUUGGAACAUGCCAUAGACAACAUAAGCGAGACGAACAACAAGACGAUGGAGAAGACGAUGACGAAACAGAUGAAGAAGAAGAAAAAAAAAAUCAAAGGACGACGGAAGGAGGAGGACCCCAUGGCCUACCUCGACGGAGAUUGUUACUUCCCAGAUGACGGGUAUGACUAUGAACAACACCUAAAAACUAUAAGUCCCAAUUUUGUAAGUGCAAAGUCCAAAGCAGAGAAUAACUUUUUUGAGGUUAAGCCAACAGAUGAAGAGGAAACAGAACUAUUUAAAACGUUCGAAGCGGAUAAUUACGAAGAAUUGAAUGAUAAUUUUGUGUACGAAGCCCAGGAUGUCAGUGCUGAGGAUAAGUUGGACGUGCCAAAGGAUCUCAUUUGGGGCACCCCCGAUUGGACAUUCCCCAUCGGCGAUACCAGCGCCAUGUAUUUUACGAACGACCCGACACAACUAAACCAGUUGGGUGAAAGCGACGAUGGCCUGACGACCGACGGGGGGAUCAGCAAUGCGGAGGGGGAAGCAGCCCGCAUGUCAGGGAAUCAUCAACUGCAUAGUGGUAGCAGCGAUAGCAGUAGCGGCGGCGAUGAAGGUGAAAGAGGUAACCCCGAAGAGAACGGAUACGUCAUCUUUGAUGAAGGUACACACACAAAAAUGUUUACAUGUGAGAAGAAAAAAGAAAAAGAUACAAACACAGAGAAAGGCGACCCGAACGCACUAAAGCUGAGCGAUCUGGUUAAGCUGGAAAUGGAAAAAGUCGACAGCAAGAAUUUGAAUGAAAUAAAAAAUAUUCUUGUAAAAAAAAAAAAAAAAAAAAAAAAAAAUCGGUCAACAAAUAAUACAGAUAACACACUUGUCCACGUAAAUGUAGAGGACAAGAUAAAAAUUUUGCAAAUUUUAAAUUCACAAACAGAGGAAGAAAGUCAUCACCGUAGUAAGGGUGAUGGUGACGAGAACUCCCGUUCGGACGCAUCCGGGGAGAUCUUUUUCUCAUCCUCUGAUGCGUCUUCUUCAUCAUUGUCAUACGAUUGCGAGACAAUCCUCACGACCAAAACGAACACAACAAAUCAUCCCUGCAAGUUAGUUAUCCCCAAGAAGGUCCCUACCCCCGCCUCCGCCAACACGCUGAUUAACCCUCUCCCUCACGGCAACGCCAACCCGAGAAGGAGGGACAAGGAGAAGGAGAAAGUCGGCGAAGAGGCCAAACUGGAGAGCUACCUAGUCCUGGAAAAUAUAAACACCACGCGCGGCAAAAACGAAACCCCGGAAGAAAAGAGGGAGCGUAAAAAGUCUGUCAAGGAGGCGCAACGACUGAACCGGAAAUUGAAAAAGGAAAACGCGCUGCUGAUGAAGAGCGAGAAAAAAUUAAUGAACAAGAAGAGCAACCCUUUCGAUAUCAGAGACAACGUCAAAUACAUUAAACUGUGA